AUGUACCGCGAUCGCGGGCUGUGCACGGACUGUACCCGCGAUUCGGGGCCGGCUGUGCACGGCGACUCUGUGCACGCGACUGUACGGCGAUCGCGGGCUGUGCACGCGACUGUACCGCGAUCGCGGGCUGUGCACGCGACUGUACGGCGAUUGCGAGUGUGCACGCGACUGUACGGCGAUCGCGGGCUGUGCACGCGACUGUACGGCGAUCGCGAGUUGUGCACGCGACUGUACGGCGAUCGCGGGCUGUGCACGCGACUGUACGGCGAUCGCGGGCUGUGCACGCGACUGUACGGCGAUCGCGAGCUGUGCACGCGACUGUACGGCGAUCGCGGGCUGUGCACGCGACUGUACGGCGAUCGCGAAUUGUGCACGCGACUGUACCAUCAUCGAUUG